GUUGCGGCAGUUCAACUGUCAAUUGUUUAAUGACGUGUAUUGUAAGUUGGAAAAAUUGGAAGAAAAUCUGUAAAGUUCUGAACUUAAAUCCUUAGCUCACGGCCUUAACACAGCCAUUGAUAAGGUGAAUUCUGAAGAUAUCUUCUCAAUAAUAAGAGUUCCACAGAAAUAUUAAGUUCUCUACGUGUAAAAAGCAGACGCAUUAAUAUAAUUAAAGCAAACGUCAUAGCGAAGAAGAAAAGCCAAGGAGUCGGUGUACGGGUUGUGCUCCUCUUCUAGCGGUGGGUUGUGCGAAAGAAUACGAAAAGUGUCAGGCGAGACAAAUGAAAAUGAGGAAAUAGAAGAGUUGGUGUAAAUUGCUUAUCGAAGGGCCGAAGGGGAACAAUUUGCGGAUACGCGCUGGCAAAGUGCAUACGCGACGACUGGCCGACGUUGGAAUAGUGGUGCACUUUUACUUGAGUUUUAUGUUUAUCUUUCUAUUUUAUUUUGUCUGCCGAAUAUUUUGACUUUAAAAAAUCAACUAAAAGGUUUGAGUGCCUGUUGAAAAAGAGUUAGGUUAACCAAGUGACGGCAACAUUGAAUUUCACACCAAUUAGACGACAUUAGCACAGAUAGUGGCUGCGAACGCAAACCACCAACAACAACAAUGAUGAAUGAGGACGCAGGCACGUCGUCUGGGGGUGGUGUGAAGAUGUUCUUCGUACGCCUAUCACAAAUGUACCAAUCGACGCUGGAUCGUUGGACACCACACACCAGAAUGCGUUGGGCGGGCGCGAUUAUGCUGAUAUUGCUCUUCCUGCUACGCAUCUUUAUCUACCAAGGCUGGUAUAUAGUAUGCUAUGCGCUGGGAAUAUACCAUCUAAAUCUAUUUAUUGCAUUUUUAACACCAAAAAUUGACCCAGAAUUCGAUCCUUAUGAAAAUGAUGAGGAUGGUCCCAAUUUGCCAACACGCAGUAACGAAGAGUUCCGGCCGUUCAUUCGACGCUUACCAGAAUUCAAGUUCUGGCUAUCGAUCACGAAAAGUACAAUCAUCGGUCUGAUAUGUACCUUCUUUGACUUCUUCAAUGUGCCCGUUUUCUGGCCCAUACUUGUGAUGUACUUCAUUACACUAUUCUGUAUAACGAUGAAGCGGCAAAUUAAACAUAUGAUUAAGUACAAGUAUCUGCCAUUCACCCGCAAUAAGCCGCGCUAUCAGCGUGUUGGUGAGUCACCCCCAACGACAAAGUGACAAUUAGCCGCACAGACACUGCAAAAAUCAAACGACAACCAAUCGACAACGGGUAUUACGUCGAUACAUGAGCAAAGAACAACAACUACAACAGCAACAGUAGCAGCAGCAGAAGCGACAACAACGAUUGCCUCAGCGGCAACAGCACCAUCAUUGCUAACGGCUGCGCCCUUGGCAGCUGCGUCUACUAUAACAACAACAAACAUAGCAAAACCACCGCAAAUUAUAACUAUUGAGUAAAUUCAACUAAAGUAACACUACAACAACUUUAAUUACAGAUGAAAAAUUCGAAACAGCUAAUUCACAUUUCAUUAAACACAAAUUAGUUCGCAGUAGUUCCUUAUUUUUUUUUUUGGAACGUAAAUUCAACAACACAAAACAAAAAUAAACAAAACCCGCAACAAACAACAUACGCCGAUACAACACUACACAAAUUUAUACUACACACACAGUUUAUUCAAUAUGAAUUGAACAUUUUGAAUUUCUUCAAAUAUUUACUAAUUUGCGCGCGUCAAGUUUUAUGUACAAUUUUCAACAUUUCAUUUGCUUGGCACAUUUGUUGUUAGCGUUUGUUUAAGUUUAUAUAAAAACAUAUACUUGUUGUUCUUAGCGAUGUCAACCAUUUAAAAUUCAACUAAAUUGUAUUCCACCGAUGAACCCUAUGGGUUUUCGCAAGAUCAGUAUUUUGUUGGGUUGUAAAUCGUUGAUGUUCAUUGUCGUGCAGUGUCCUGUGCAAAAUAUUUAUAUGGUAUUGUCCUACUUUGUCUUAUAACUAAGAAUAUUUUUGAUUGUAUAUUUACUAUUUCAACUUUUUAUUUUUAUGCAAUUCUAAUUUUUAUUAUCGUUUUUAGUUUAAUUUGAGCGAGUCAUUGGUCGAGACACAGCUUCAUUCAUACAAAACACUUUGUAACUGUAUCGAUUGUAUUUAAAUAACGAUCAAUAAAUCAUUUUACAAAUCGCUAAACGGAGUGACGACCUAGUAACAAGUCCGACUUUGGAACGCUGUUAAACACUGUAUAAUUUUGGGCCCCUUUAGUUUCAUUUUGGCUUAGUUCCCUACACAGUUCGGUUAUGUUUUUUCUUUAUGUAUUCUAAUUAAUCUUUAAAUGUAUACAUAUAUUAUAGUUAUUAUUAAUGAUGCAUAUGCUACAUAGAUAUGUGCAAACUUAUUUCGAACGUAAACGUAUUCUAACGUAGUGCUCAUACUUGUGUAUGUAAAUACUUCUAGAAAGCUAAGUACGCACGUGGAAGCUAAUUACAUAGAUUACCAUAAAUAUUCGAACUCUGUGUGAAUACCAAACACCGUGAGAGAAUACCUAAAUUUGUAUUUUUCUUAACAUGAAUUUCACGUGGAAAAGAACUCAAAUAUUCGAAAAAUGCGAGUAAGAUUUUCGCUUAGCAGACUCACGUUAAAAAAAAUAUAAAUUUGGUGCCUUAGAAGUAAAGGCAUUUGCAUGGAGUCCGCGCCAGGUUGCUUGUCUUUGCAAUGGUACGAACGAUUAGAUUGAUUUUAAAAUAUUUCUUCGGAACUCACAGUUGCGCGUGCAGUUUUUUCGUAUAUUAAAACUGGUUUAACUUGAAUGUAUAGUACAGAAUAAAGAUCUAUGUGUUUAUAUAAAUUA